UGAUAUGAACAUGGGCCUUAAAGCAUAUCUAGAAAAAGAGUAAUUAAAAUGGUUAACAAACAGAAAAACAAACAGAACGCGGGAACUUGGUUGCGAACAGAUGAAAAUGAGUUGGAUCAUCGAGCGGCGAACUUCAACGGCCAAAUUUGGCAUUCCCAUUCCUUCUUUAUUUUUCCUUCUCAACAAGAAAAACAAAAAGUCUCUCGUUUCCUUCUUUCUCCUCUUUGUGUUUACAGCUCCUGAGCGACAGGUAUCAUUAAUAUCUUCCUCCUCUUGUUUUCUUCUUCAUCUUUUUCUACGUGGGUUUUCUCGUAGGUUAUUUGAAUAAGAUUUUGAUAAUUUUUGUGUUGGUAUGAAUAAAUUAUUAGAUUAUCUCUGAGAAUUUCGAAUUCUAGGGUUUGUUUUCCUGGGUCGACGUAGGGUUCUAGGGGGGGGGGGGAGCAUCACACAAAGAUGUGGGAUUGAAAUCUCCUUGUGGAAGUUGAGGGAGGGGGGAGAGAGAAAUGAGUACAAGGGAGAUAACAGCCAAGGACGUGAAAGCCACAGAGAAGAACCGGGUUCGAUACUCUUCAAAGCACAUUAAACAUCUUCCACCUGGAACCAUUACUGAGUUUGUAUGGAAGGAUUAUUGUCCCUUGGGAUUCAGACUUGUGCAAGAGCUUGAGGAUAUUAACCAUGCUGAAUACUUGAAAUCCGUAUGUAAUGAUGAGACGCUAAGGAAGCUUUCUACUGGGAAAGUUGGUAAUAUGUUUCUUCUCUGCAAAGAUGACCGCUUUCUUAUUAAGAUUCUUCGCAAAUCCGAAAUCAAGGUGAUACUAGAGAUGUUGCCUGGCUACUACCAACAUAUUCAUAAAUACAGGUCAACCUUGUUGUCCAAGAACUAUGGAGCUCAUUCUCUCAAACCUCUUGGAGGUGUUAAGACAUAUUUUGUGGUCAUGUCAAACAUACUACAGUCGGAUGUUUUUAUGAACAAGGUCUAUGAUCUAAAGGGUUCAUCACAAGGCCGAACUAACAAGAAGAUCAAAGUCAGAGAUAAAACCAUACUGAAAGAUAUAGACCUUGAUUUUCAUUUCUAUGUUGAUUCCUUGGCAAGGCACCGCCUCCUCAAGCAAACAAAGCUAGACUGUGAACUUUUGGAAGAUGAAGGAAUAAUGGAUUAUAGCUUAAUGCUUGGUUUACAAGUUAAAGGUUCAUGUCAAGGCUCAACUGAUGAAUUAAUCCCUGUAUACGAUAGCUUCACAUCACUAGGCUCUGUUGACAGCAGUAAGUUUAUGAAGACAGCUACAAACUCUCCAGAUAGUUCUUCAACAAUGUAUUCAUGCACUCCGAGCAGAGACUCAAUUGAUAGUGAGGAGUCAGUGAAUGUACAAUCCGUAGCAAGCAUGUGCCCUAGUCCAGCACCAACCAACGCUUCUGAUUCUCCACAAGGAAGCAUUGUCUACAAAACAACACCCACCAACAUCUUCCAAAACAGCUCAAGCACAAACUUCGGUAUGAGGAUACCUGGACGAGCACGAAGAGUGGGGAGAGGAGAAUCAUUAGGGAGUGUGGUGGGGAAGAACGUUAAAGGAGGGGGAGAGGAAUGGUACGACGUUAUAUUGUACCUUGGGAUUAUAGACAUUUUCCAAGACUAUGGUGUGAGGAAACGCAUUGAACAUUGUUACAAGUCUAUUCAACACAGCUCUAAGACUAUCUCAGCUGUCCAUCCCAAGAUCUACUCUUCUCGUUUUCAAGACUUUGUCUCUCAGAUCUUCUUACCAGACGAUGAUACUUCUAAUUGAUUUUAUUUUUAACUACCUUGUCUUAAUAUUUCUAUUUAUUUAUAUUCACUUAUACUAUACAUACAGCGCCUAGCCAAAGUUUGUUUACAAAGCAAAAAACAAAGUCCACAACUUUUUCUUUUAUUUUGACAUAAAUCGAAAGGUCAAAAAUUUUCAUUUUAAAAAACUCAUUUCUUGAUUUAAUUUUUUAUAUAUCAGACGUAGGGGAUGUUAUUGAAUUGGGUGAUUGGAAUAAGUAUUAGAAUUAAAGUAUGCAAGUGCUUU